AUGUCGUCCGCCUUCUUCCGUCGUCCUACGGAUAUCAGUUCGAGCUCGAGCUCGAGCGCGGCGAAUAGUACGUCAGAGGACGAUGACGAGAACCACGACAACGUGUCCCGGCAAAGGCUGGAGGAAGUUGUUGAGGAAGACGGUGAGACUGCGACCACAGAGUCCCUCACUAGCCAGAACAGUGUGGCACGUGAAGAUGGACAGAAUCCAACAAUUGGCCAACAUCGAGCCAAUCUAUUAAGUGCCCUCUUGGAGGACUUCGCGAGAACCAGAGCUUGCGAGAUCAUGAACAGUACAAGUCCAGGAGUGAACUUCACCAGGACAGCGCCAGAGGUCCAGCCACUAGCGAGGAAGCUGUACCAGGAUGUGAGCCAGACAUUGGCUCUCGGCGGCGUAUUACCGGCCUCGACUGUCAGCGACAGCCAAGCCAACCAGCAUACGCGGGCAACCUACCUCGCUGGCAUCGAAAGACUCGCAAUAGGAAGUGCGCAGUCCACCAAUGACCUUACGGAUCCCAGGGAGCGGCAGCGUGCUUUACCUGAUGAGACGGCUGGCAUGGGUGGUGGCCGCCCUGCUCAUCGACCUGCAGGUCUGUUUCCCGACUCAUUGCAGCAGCAGCUGGCAGGUCUUUCUCUAUAUCAAAGCCAGGGUGGGUUUCCGGCGUCGCAGUAUACAGACUUGACCUUUUCUACUUCGCCGCCUCGUCGCAGCCAUUACGAGUCCAGCUUCAAACAACUCAAAUUGCUGGGUAAAGGAGGGUUUGGCAGGGUGUAUCAUGCCUACAACAUCUUCGACAAGAAGGAGUAUGCGGUCAAAAAGAUCCCCUUGAGUCCUCGUCUUUCGCAGCGGUAUCGAGAUUCGGGUCACAAAGAAUUGGAAAACGUGUUGAGGGAAGUCCAAGCUCUAGCACAGCUGGAACACAGCAAUGUCGUGCGAUAUCAUGCUACGUGGAUUGAAGAGCCCCGAGGAAUGACCGAGGUGCCAUAUCGAUCGGGACCACCAGCAGCUUUGAAUCCCCAGGGCCAGAAACUAAUAGCCGAGGGCUCACGGGUGACCGCCAAACCGCGACCGAAGGCAAUGGCGCUGGAACAUGACGACGGAAUUAUAUUCGGGUUGUCUGACAGUGAAGCGGCGCACGCAAUUGCUUCCAGGGGCCAAGCUGAAGUGGCUUUUGGGCAGACAGUCUCCAUGGACCACGGCGACGGCGACGGCGACCCUGAAGGAUCCAGAUCGUCGGUCCGGACUUCAGAGGUCUUUACAGACGGCCUCUCACAUCCCAGCGGCGCGCAUCAUGGAUCUGAAUCCGACGUCGACAACACAGUCUACGUGCUACACGUACAGAUGUCCGUCUAUCCCACCACGCUGGCGCAAUAUCUCGCCCCGACCCCGUGCGGGUCGAGGAGCAUCCAGGGAAGAAGUGCCAGUACAAGUUUCCACCGAAAGCAUUGUUUCCAUCUCGGCCCUGCGCUACGCAUCUUGAUGGGGAUACUCUGUGGGCUUCAGUACAUCCAUGCCAAGGGACUGGUGCACCGGGACAUCAAACCCAGCAACAUCUUUCUGUCGAGCCUGGUCGUUUCGUCGUCUGCUGUCAACAGCAUGGUUAUUCCUGAUGGUUAUUGGGAUGUGGGAUCUUGCAGCGGUUGUCCGGAUCCUGCUCCCUACCUCGUCAAUCCUCGCAUAGGCGAUUUCGGACUCGUGGCAGACCUCGCCCGUGAAGGUGGAGGUGGCAGCAAGAACAAAGACAAGGACAAGCCCGUGGGCACACAGUACUACCGGCCACCACCUGGAGAUGACCGAGGAAAGUCGUCGUCCGAAGCAGAAGCAGCAGUCAUUGUCAUCGAUGAGAAACUGGACGUUUUUGCGCUUGGGGUCGUCCUGGUCGAAAUGCUUUGGCCCUGCUCGACGAGCUCGGAACGGGUUCAGGUCCUUCGCGACCUACAGGAGGCCAAAGUGCCAGCGGGACUCGGGCGCAAGCUCGAGAGUGAAGGGCACGAUCCCGAGACUGCACGUCUCGUGGUCCAGGGGAUCUUGAGCAUGGUCGAACGCGAUCCACGUCGCAGAUGGAGCUGUGCGGAGAUCAAAUGCUGGGCGGAGAAGCUGCUGCAAAAGACGUGA